UCACAUGACUGACAAGAUUUCAGGAAGUGACUUUUAAGGAACGCGUGAGAAAUCACUGUGUUGAAAGACAUGGAGACCAGCUUUGUGUUGUUGUGCGUGAUGCUGGUAAGCAGUGUGACACCGGCGUCUGCUGCAGCACAGCCAGGUGUCAUAGAAAGCCUCCUCAUGGCAACGGUCCAGCGGCCCUGGCUCUGGGGCGUCUACGUCUUCACUGUUGGACUUCCCAUCAUUCUCUUCGUCAGCUUCAUGUGGCCCGACAAGCGGUUUGGACCCCCUGGUCAAGAAUAUUACUACAAGAAGUCUGAUGAUGCUCAACCAGAUGAUGUGGAGGUCCCACAGCGGACAGAAUCAGUGGAUAUUAAAGGAGAGACCAACAGAGCUGUAACGAGGAGGAGAGACGCUCAUGGUAACCAGAGGAAGUCUGAUUUAAACCUGAAGGAUCAUUGAUCAGUGCAGCGACCUCAGGAGGAAAGAGCACCAACAACACAAUGUUGUACUGAUGACUCAACAACACAGCAAUGUCUGAACAC